AUGCGUGAUGGCACCACCCAGGUCAUCGACAACAUCACCAUUGUUACCACGGAGAAUACCGACUCCGGUUCAGAGCACUGGGUUAUCCUCCACUUCACCUCCACCGUCUCCUUGAAUUCAUCUGCACCAGUAGUUUCCUGGUCUUUGCCUUCGAUAUCUCUUGGGAAUUCUUUCGAGCUACAUUACUCGGGCCUUAUCUUUUCUGGCUGUGAUUUCGACGUACACUGGGAGAAUCCUCCGGUGAAUACACCGACGUGGGCGUCCAGCUGCACACCUAUCUGCCCUGACGGUGGACUCACAUACACACCGGACUGUGGUUCCGACAUCACUGGAUGUUGCACCAUCUACUUUGUUGACAAUGGCUUUUUUGACGCAAGUUUUUUGUCUUCUGUCCAACUUAAAUUCGUUCGCCAUCAUAGUGGAGCUGAUUCCAACUUACACCACAAUCUGAGCUUAUUGCGGGAUACUGUCAAUGUUACUGUUGCUUCCUUGUCUGCCAAUUGGAGAAUCAUUGAUCCACUAACCUGCGUAGAAGCCAUUAAAGACAAGACAACCUAUGCUUGUGUUAGCAGAAGUAGCGUCUGUCGUGAUGGUAUUGGGCGUUAUGGUUACAACUGCAAGUGCAACACAGGCUACGUGGGCAAUCCAUAUAUUAUCGACGGCUGCAAACCGGACACAGGUUAUAAUCCAUCUCAACAAAAGAGCAACUGUACUCGCAGAUGUGGGAGUAUAGACGUUCCAUUUCCAUUUGGCUUGGAAGAAGGCUGCUUUGCAAGAGAAGAAUUUCAUCUGAAAUGCAACGACACGGCACCAUCCACUCUCCUUUUGGACUCUAUAUGGCAGUAUCACGUGACUAAUAUAAAUGUUGAAGACGGGCUUAUCGAGUACAUUAGCCCGGACGAGAGAAAUAAUCCUGAAACUUGUGGUAUCCGUACAUGGGACGGACAAGAACAAAAUCUGCGAAGUCUUUACCUUAGUUCUGGGAAUGCCACCACCGUUUCUGUGCAAUGGGUUGCUGCCCAAUUAACCUGCCAAGAGGCAAAACAAAACCAGUCCGAGUAUGCGUGUGCAGAAAGUGAAUGUAUAACGAUCCAACAUACCGGUGGCUACUUUGGUUACAGAUGCAAAUGCGCACGUGGAUAUCACGGAAAUCCAUACGUCAAAGGCGGUUGUAUCGAUAUCGACGAGUGCCUUCAACCAAAUAUUUGUCCCGAGAUGUGCAACAAUACCGCUGGAAACUAUACAUGCAUUCAAUGCCCUUACGGUACAGGGUAUGAUCCAGUGCUAAGGCGUUGUACCAGAAAGCACCAAAACCUUCUCUUAGGUAUUGCUAUUGGCCUAAGUGUUGGCCUUGGAAUUCUACUUCUUUGUUUAAGUGGGGUUUUCCUUAUCCGUAGAUGGAGAAGAAAUAUCCAGAGGCAAUUGAAAAAGAAAUAUUUUCGGCAAAACAAAGGUCUUCUUUUGGAGCAACUAAUAUCCUCAGAUGAAAACCAAAGUGAUAACAAAAUUUUCUCCUUGGAGGAGUUGCAAAAGUCAACAAACAACUUUGAUCCCACACGUAUUCUAGGUAGUGGAGGACAUGGUAUGGUCUACAAAGGCAUCUUGUCAGACCAACGUGUGGUGGCCAUAAAAAAGCCUAAGGUCAUCAACGAAGGAGAGAUUAAUCAGUUCAUCAAUGAAGUUGCAAUUCUCUCUCAGAUAAAUCACCGUAAUAUCGUAAAACUUCUUGGAUGUUGUCUUGAAACUGAGGUCCCUCUACUGGUGUAUGAUUUCAUCCCUAAUGGUUCACUAUAUAAGAUUAUACAUGAUGGCCAUCAGAGUAAUAAUGAAUUCUCAUUGUCAUGGGAUGAUUGCUUAAGGAUUGCUACAGAAGCUGCUGGCGCUCUCUGUUACCUCCAUUCUGCAGCAUCAGUAUCGGUUUUCAUCGUGAUGUGA